GCCAGAAGCAGCAUCUGGUCUCUUUCCCAGCAUCAAGAAGGUGUGUGCAACAAUGUUGAAGAUAUUUCCAAUUCUGGCCAUCCUUGCAGGCCACACCAGCGGGGUCGUGGUGACCGUCCCCGAGAAGACAGUGAACAUCAUGACAGGUGGAAAUGCAACCCUCCUCUGCACAUACACCAGUUCUGGACCGAUGGGAAAUUUCUUUAUUCAGUGGAGUUUUUACAGUGCCAAAGAGAGCCAGCUGCAUACCCGUUCCCCAUGUCACGGUAUUCUGAGUAUGGAUGAAAAGUCAGUCAGUCUUUGUCAAAAGAUGGUGUAUGUGACAGAUGCACGGGGAAGAUGUAGCUGGAGAUACAAGAUCUAUUAUUAUUCAGGAGGCCAGUCUUACUCCUAUGGAGCAUUUAAGAACAGGAUAACAGCUUCAACAAGUCCAGGGAAUGCAUCAAUAACAAUCUCCAACAUGCAGCCCUCAGACACUGGCUCCUACACCUGUGAAGUUUUCAGCCCUCAGGGUGAUGCUGGACAGAGUCAAAAAUCAGUGAUUGUCAGUGUGCUGGUAAAACCAUCAAAACCUUUCUGCAAAGUAGAAGGAACACCUGAAAAAGGCCAUCUAAUCUACCUCCUAUGCAACUGUGAAGAGGGAUUGCCUCGCCCCAACUACCGCUGGUACAAAGUCAAUGAGAACACCCUCAAGCCUGUGACAGAACAACUUAAUCCAAACUCUGGCAUCCUGUACAUCGGCAACCUCACCACUUUUGAAACUGGCUACUAUCGGUGCAUAGCAAGCAACCUCCUGGGGAACAGCACCUGUGAGCUUGACCUAACGGCAAAAUAUUCAGAUGGUGGUGUUGUUGCUGGAGCACUGAUUGGAGCAAUUCUGGCAGCUGCUAUAAUUUGCAUUAUCGUCUGGGCCUUAACCAAGAAGGCAAAAAAUAAGAAAUCACUAAAUAAUGAGAUGCAAGAAAUGGUUCAGAAACAAUCCAAUGCAGAUUAUGUUCAGGUAUCCAAUGAAGAAAACAUUCCUGCAACCACAGUUCCAUCGAGCAAUGCAACAAAUGAAUACCCAAGUGUUGAUGAAACAGCAGCUCCUGCAACUCCUGAAAAUUAUGAAAAGCAAGAAGCAGGAAAAGAAGAAACAGACUAGAGUUUAUAACAGAAUUUUCUUUAUCACCUUUGGAUCACUUUAUACAAAAAUUUCUGUAAUUGAAUUAACAUAGAAGCAUGACUAAAACUUAUAUUCAAGGCAUUUGUAUUGUGAGCCACUAGGGUGGAUCAAAGAGUCUGUUACACAGGCACUUUUUGAAUAGCAGAUUUGGCCUUUAAAGCGAACCAAAUUUAUUUUAUUAUCUCAUUAUACUGUACAAAAAUUUAAGUAUAAAAAGAGUAUCAUCUACAUUUAUCCAACCUAUUUUGCAAAAACAAUUAGGAAAUGGGCUGAAGCAUUUGUCAAAGUGUGAGCUUUCCGGUCUACCUACUACCUACUUUCCAGUCUACAUUACUAUCAGUAACACUGUGUGUCCACACAGUUCAGAACCACAGCAGCCUUCUCCAGAAACAGUGUUAGCCAACCUGCUUCAUGUGCACCAGAACAAUAAUCAUGGCCAGUACAUUGCAGUGUUUCAAGGAAGUAGUUUUGCACCUCAGAAGUAAAAAGAAGUUACAUUAAUGUCAUCAGGAAACAGAUGUUAAGACCUGCGUCAAGAAAAUCUUGUGCAUCUGAAUUCCACUUAAGGUAAAAAAAAAACCAAAAAAACCCCAAAAAUCCUGGAAAAUGUUAUCCCUUUGCUGCCUGACAUUGAAAACAUUCUGUUAAUAGUGACUUUCUUGGUCUAAAGUUCCCAAGAGCUCCAGCAUUCCAGAGUUGUUUCAGCAAUUCUGGUUUUCUGUUUAAUUGAACUGGUAUUUGGGAACCCAGUUCUGACACAAAUGAAUGUUCUACAUAAUAGAAGCUGGAGACCUAAAUUCUUUGCGAGACUUGUUCCAAUAAGCAUGCAGAGCAUCACAUUCCUCAUGACACACAGAUAUAGCUGCUUUCAAAACUUAGGAGUGAUACUGCCUUCUAUACAGCACAUGAGUUUUGAUCGCUGCCUGAGAUGAUUUAAAUCUCUUUCCACGCUAGCCCGACCCAUUAAGUAACAAACUCAUGCUACUUUUCUUCUAGUCUCUUAUCCCAGUGUAACAAUCUAUCUUUUAGAGUAGAAAGCAUCAAGAGAGAAGAUAAGUGGUGCAAACAUUACUCAAUUGCUGGUGGACCAGCAGCCAGAAAUUGAGUAAUGAGCACCCUCUUACAAGGAAAGGAAUUGAGCCAUACAUACCUGGGUCACUAGACAACCCUUCUCCCUGGGCUUUAUUUCUAAGGUUACACAAACUCAGUUUUUCAAAAAGGCAAAGAUAGUACUUUCAUAAAAGCUCAAGGACCAUGGGGCUUAGGCAAAUACAGACCCAUAGCCCUGCUGACACCGGCAGACACUGGUUUCAGUCUCAGGCACUGCAGGAAAACAUAUCUGGCUCAGGGAUCUGGAGGAUUUGGUACUUAAGUCUUUCGUAGGAUCUAAUAUUCAUAAAUCCUUUGGUGACUGUUCCUGAAGUAAAACAUUAGUUAUAUGCAACAUUUAUCUUUAAGAUUUCUGGGCUAAAAUUUUCAGGUUCAGUCCCUACAGGUCUCAGCAUGUUUAUCAAGAUUGUGAAUUUAAAAAAAGAAAGAAAAAAAAAAAGAUAAAUUAGAGAUUUAUUUUGGAUCUUCAAGCAUAACUGUAUUUAUUGCUCUUUCCUCAGUUUUCUGACUUUCAAAUAUUUUUCUUUGAUAGGUGUUUCCUAUCAAAAUAUUUAGCUUCAUUCCAGAGUAAAAGAACAUUAAUGGUGUUCUUCUAAUACUAUCUUAGCUGAUAACUGUUUGUGCCAGACUGUGAGGGUCACACCCUUGCUAAUACCAACACUGUCAUGCUGUAGCAGUGAAUCCUCUCUCCCCAAAAUAUCCAGAGUAAAUCUCAAACUGGGAUCUUUACAGAAGUAUCCUUAAUCAGGCAGGUCUUACUGACUUGUGACAACUGUGCCAGGCCAAAUUCCUAACUCACAUCCUGCCAUCCAAGUUAAGCAGCUUACUGAGAAAACCUGAUACUGACAGCCAAUUUAUGUAAACUUGCAGGAUGAUGACAUUAAACACACUCAGAAACAAGGGAACAGUAAGUACUACCUGAUGUUCUUUGGGUCCUAUUUCUUACUGAAAGUGUUUCCUGAUGAUGUAAUUCAAAUCAAUUAUUGGUCCAAAGGCUUGGCUGACAGCAGCAAUAAUUUAAAAUAAUUUCUGACAUUCCUAAGCAUUCUUUUACUCUCGACCUUCAUAGGAAAACCUGAAUGUCUUCAUGUCACCAUUACAGCUGUAUUAGUUCUUCUGAAGACACUUCCUGCAUGUACACAUUGUCACACUGCUCUUACUGCUACACCUUUCCAACUUCCACAUCUCUGCAACAGCACUGCUGUGAUUGAAGAGUAGACUGUACUACGUGGUUAUAUUUCUUCUAAUCUUUCCUUCAUCUCACACACAUUUAUCUGCUUGUUUUCCUUACAACUUGCUACAGUAAGAUAGGAGCUUAUGCUGGUGAAGUUGUCAGACACUUCUAUAGAUAGUACAGUCUUCCUAGAACACCACAGGUUUUAUAUUUGUUCAAAAAGUAGAAAUUGCUCAAGUUAUGUUAAAGUUUUUAUAUAAAAGAAAGGAACUAAUGACCAUAUUCUUGACUAAUGGUUCCUCUCAUACUUCUAACUGCCAGUGAGUAAUGGUAGUAAAAAUGCAAAAUAAGAAGUAAAAUAGGCUGCUGGGAGUAAGGAGGUAAGGAAAAUAACAUCUAUUUGGAGUUUCUUACCAUAGUGCAGUGUUUUCUGUAAACCUUCUGGCAGAUGUUUUUUCUCAUUAUGGAGUCUAUCUAAAGUUUAUUGAAAAGGAUUGGACACUGUUCCUAGUUUCUCACUGAUACUCUUGGCAAAGCACAAGUCAAAUUAGUUACUGAUCCACAGUGUGUAGCUCUAAAACCCUGCAGAACUAUGCAGGGAUGCAGAAACAUUUUUCAGAAUUUGCUUUAGAUGUUCCAACAGUCUUUGCUGCAUGGCCCAUUUAUCUUCCCAUAGGGAACAGGGAUUAUUAAUAUGGACACCCAAUAUUAUGCCAACAUUCAAGCUACCAUCUCCUAAGGAAGUAGAUUUACAAAGCUACAGAGGAGCAGUUUUUUGCUAUACAGAGAUGAAGAAUGAACACAGAACUCUUACCUUCAGCUGCUCUCCAAUCAAAUUUUCAGCAGUGCCUGUGCAAUAUAUAAAAAACAUUUACUCAGGUUCCUCCUUCAGUCAAGGUCUGCAUGGCCCGAAUAUCUCUCCUGUCCCUAAUGAGUCCCCUCAGUGGAAUUUAACCUGCAUUUUGUGAACUAAGAUACAUUUAAAGUCCUUGGUGAAGGUAUUUGUUUGGUUGUAAGUUUCUGUCUUGCUUAUUAAAAUAAAUUGCAUUACCUUAAUCCCUACAAGCCAAACUGUAGAAACUGUCAGCUUGCAUUUCACCCUUUCUUUGAGGCUGAAGAUCAAAUAUGUUGCAUUUCCAUACUGUGUAGCAGAUGGCAGGGUUUCAUCUCAUUGUUCAUGUCCCAGACAUACAAGCUACUUAGAAAGUACUGGUUUUCUUACAUUUAAGUUUAAUAAAGUUUUAUAAUACCAAA